GGUCACCGUCACCAGUCAUCAUCAACAUACCAACAGAGGAAUGCCCUCUUUUUUCCUCUUUUAGAAACUCUCUCUUUUCUGGGUUUUGGUUUAUUGAAACGCAGAAGGGUUUUCUCAUUAGGGGAGCAAAAGCAGUGAGGAGAUGCUUGGCAUUGGGCCUCAUUGAUCUCCAUUUAAGAGCAACUUCAAAGGUACUAAGGGAUAUGGUUUAUGGCGUGGAAGGGAAUGGUGAUUUUGAUAGUGAUUAUGCAAAUAGUGAUGGAUGGAAGGGACGGUGACCAGAUUGAUGAUAGGGGAAAUUGAUUCUGUAAUUGAGGCUGCAAGUACAAUCUACAGCAUGAGGAAUGCUGGAUGUACAAAGAGAGAUAGGGUGAUGAUUCGAGCUAGUGAGAAAAUUGCAAUGAAGAGGUGUUUUCAGCAGGAGUAUGAACUAGGAGAUAUGGUCUGGGGAAAGGUUAAAUCCCACCCCUGGUGGCCGGGGCAGAUAUUUGAUGAAGCUUUUGCAUCACCUUCUGUGAGUGAAACCAAGAAAGAGGGUUGUUUGUUGGUUGCCUUUUUUGGGGAUGAUACUUUUGGAUGGUUUAAUCCUACAGAGCUUAUUCCAUUUGAUCCUAACUUUGUUGAGAAGUCAAAGCAAACAAAUGCUAAGCCUUUUCUGGACGCUGUUGAAGAUGCAGAAUAUGAGAUUCGUCGAAGGGCUGCACUUGGGUUGGCUUGCUGUUGUCAAUAUCCAUCCAAUUUUCGAGCUACUGGAGUUAAAGGUUGCUUUGCAGUUGAUGUGGAUGGAUAUGUGCCUGAUGCAGUUUAUACAAGAAAGCAGAUUGAAAAAGCUAGAAAUGGAUUUCAGCCAAUCGUGAUGCUUUGUUUUCUACAACGGCUGGCACUUAUGCCAUGUGGUAAUACACAAAAUUGUGUUGAGUUGAUUAAGAACGUGGCUGUGGUUCUUGCCUAUAGGAAGGUGGUGUUCAAGAAGUUUGAUAAGAUACUGGUUCAGACAUUUGGAGUGGAAGCACAACAUGCUGACGAUCCAGUUAGGUUUUUGGAUCUGCAAGAAGAAAUGCCUUUACUAGCUUCACCAAGUGCUCCUUCUGAAGUGCCUGCAUCUGUAGUAAUAACUAAAAGCUCUUUUAGGCCAAGGGAGGUUAAGAGAGACAGGCAUUUUAAUAAGAGGAAUGUUUUGAGACUCCAAUAUCCUCAACAGAUAAAAAGUUUAUUCAGUUUAUCAAUGAAUGAGAAGGAAGCUGUACUAGAAGCAGGAGAUCAUGUCAUAUGGACAGAAGAAGCUCCAGCUGAUCCACUGACUCCCAAGUACCCUCACCACCAGGAUGACAAUCGUCCUUUUGGUAGCUUAACUACAUUUCCAAUUCCAGGUAAUACUGAUAAAGAAGACACAACUAGGAACAGAAGACCAGAGGUUGAAAAGAUUAACUCAACUAAUUCUACAGUUGACUUGAAACAGAAACCACAAUCAAGAUUGGCUGAAGCAGCUAAGAAUUGUUGUCAUCUGGAUAACUUGGACCAUGUUGGCAAUACUUUCUCUGUUUCAGGUGUUGUUUCUGGUAGAAAAAUUCUUGCCAGGAGUGAGAGGAGAGAUAAGAAACCAAGGUCAUCAAAAUUCUUUGAAGAAGAGUUGCUGUCUGAGAAAGUCAUUAUAGUCAAUGAAAGGAAAACGAAGGAAGCAAUAGAAUUUGAAACAGGCUGUGAUAAUGCACAUAAACACCUUAAAAGCAUAAAAGAAGAAGCAUCACCCAGAAGCAAAGCUGGAAAAUCCAACAAAACUGUUUCUAUUUGCAGUGCAGAUUCAUUGCUACAUCAACCAGGAGAGGGAAUUGGAGACUACUGCAGUGUUUACAAGGAAAUGCCUUCUGCUUCCAAACCACCAAAGAAACGGCUCAGACCUGAUGAUCAUGAUGAUUAUGCAAUGAUUGGUGAAAUCAAUGGCAACUCUUGCAGUAAGGUAGACAUAUCAAUGAAGGGACUGAAGAAACCUUACAGUGAGGUAGACUUGUCAAUGAAGGAACCGAAGAAACCAUGUAAGCUGAAGUCAUUGUCUUCAGAAAGAAGGGCUGCCAACCAUAACCAUCCUGAGUACCUGGUAAAGGAAGAAAAAGAAAUAGAUGUGACAUCUCUGAGAAAGCUAACAAAACUCAUAGUCAACAAAUCUGGAAAUCCAGAAAAUGCUGCUCAACCUGCAAAGCUGGUGAUGCAAUUCCCUCGCCAAUCUGCAUUGCCUUCAGUUCCAGAGCUGAAAGCACGAUUCGCACGCUUUGGACCCUUCCAUUCUGCUCCUUGUGUCUCUUGGAAAUCCUCAACUUGCCAGAUUGUGUUCAAGUGUAGAUAUGAUGCGAAGGCAGCAUAUAAAUAUGCUUUUCAAAAUAAAUCCCUAUUUGGUAAUGCAAAGUUAACUCUGGAAGCGCCUAAAUCGGGCAAGCCUGUUGAUGAGACUCUACAGUUGAUGCCUGUUAAAAAUUGUGAUUCUACUCACCUAAGGUCAAUUCCACCUCUGCAGCAGCAGCAAUUGGUUAGUUCAGCAUCUCAACCAAAAUCAUGUUCAGUAUCUCUUAGCUUGAGUCCACUUACUACUGGGGACAAAAGCAGCGGGGGAGUGCAAUUGAUGGCCAGAAACAACAUCAAGAACUGUCAUAUGAAGCAUUCAUGUGGCAGUUCAUCAUCUUCCCACUCCAUCACUGACUUUCCUGGGAGAAACUGGCCAAAGGUUGUUCCUCAACCUCCACCCUCUUCUCUUCCUUUCCAUGAUCAUAUUCCUGCUCAGUUUGUUGAAACCUGCAAUACAAGACACCAAAUUGAGGCAAGGAACAGCUGCAUCAAUACAGACUCUUCUAGCCCCCACGUAGACAUCUCUAGCCAAAUGCUUGACCUUCUUACUAGAUGCAAUGAAAUCAUGUGCAAAUUGAAAUGCCAGCUUGGACAUGGACCCAUCCGUCUCUGAGGGGCCCAAAAAUGCCUACAACAAGGUUAUCUCAACCACAACUGAAUCUAUAUAUAUGAAUUUAGAGCUGAAGGUAUAUAUAUAUAUAUAUAUGAAGUUAGGAAAAUGUUACUAGGUAAAGCCCUCCUUGUUUCGCAUACA